AUGUCACAUGAUGGGUUGAGCCGCAUGUGGGGUGCUGUGAUAGGUCUUGGUUGGGAAGGGAGUGGUGGUGAGCACAAACACCCAGGCAAAAGUACCCAUGAAAAGACACCUCUAUCCCUACUUGCUUUAUCCAAUAUUGAUAAGGAUGAGUCAGACCAAAACAGAAACGCUCUGAUCUACAGACAGUCUAUCAACUAUGCCUUGCCCAACAAUUCGUGUCCCGCAAAUUCAACCAGAUAUUUACCUUGUCCGUUACUUGCGUGUGUCAUGAAAACCCAUGACGCCUUUAACACCGUCCACGCUGUGGAUGUUGAAACAAAAAAGAAAUACAAUAAAACAAAUGUCGUAUUUUACGCUUCACGUGGUCGUUCGUCACUGGCCGUAGCCUAG